UCCAGUCUAUUUAUACCUUGAAAGAUUGUCUCCAAUUCAUUUGCACAUUAAAUUAUCCAUUCAAAUAACUAACAUCUAAUUUGUCAGCUCAUUUUCAUAAGUUGGAUACACUUUCACAUUUAGUAGCCGAACAAGAUCAUGUUUCAUCACUACGUGUUGGUAUCAUUCUGUUUUAUAGCCUUCACGUCUGUUCAGCAUAUCGAUGCUACCGAUGAUAAUUUCGUUUCCGCAAAGGAACAACCUGCUAAAUUUGCUCCCAUCAGACGUCAUAUAAUGAAACGUAAUUAUUUAUGGGAUUCACGUUUGGGUAAGCGUUCGAUGAAUCGUGAAGCAUUUCCAUGGUAUAAUCAUGAUCUAUAUAACUAUUACAAUGAUGAUAAUUUCCGAGGUUAUUAUACUGGUUAUGAUGACUAAUAAUAUAAAACAGUUUCGAAAUUGAAGAAAAAACACGAGAGAACUAAAGCAUUAAAAUUUUUCAGUUCUUAUUAUAAUGUAAUGUAUUCCACUUACUCUUUAUAUUUAAAGAUGUAAUAAAUUAACAAAACUACUGGUUUGAAUGCAUAAAGUCUAUGGAAUAUUAGAAUUUUGUGUUUCACUGAAUAUAACUUAAAUGAGCGAUAUUAAACCGUCUUUUUGAUUAUCGGAGCGAAGUUUGAGUGCGUGGCACUGAAUAAGGGUAGCUUAUGAUUAUAUUCAAGGAAUAUUUUUACGAAACAACAUUUAUAUACAUACUUAUUUACCAUUUUAUAAGCUGUUCUAAGUCUGUGAAUGAUCGAAAAAACAAUCCAGUUUUUUUCAAUCGCGAAAUGUUAAGUAAGUUUUAACUGACUGUUCACUUAUAGUCUAGUUUCACAACUCUAUGCAACCGACUAAUUGUCCAAAAUAUACAUUUAAUUUUGUAACGUAUUUUAAGAAUUCUACCUAACGAAUAUCGAAC